CAAGAAUCCAGUCCGUCACUGUCCAGGCUUUAGAAUUAUGUGCAAAUAUAGUUUUAUAUCUUCUUUUUAAAUUUAAUUCUCAUACACACGCAAUCUAUACGAGUUUUUCUUCAUCGGGCAAGUGCAAAAACGAUGGAACAGUUUUUAGACAGUGGGUGAAGAGUAUCUGCAAAAAUGAGCUCCGUCGAGGCGGUCAAAGCCGCCCUCUUUCAGGGCUUCGCGUCCUUCGCACAACUCAAACACAUCCACGCGCGCCUCCUGCGCCUGGACCUCCACCGUGACCAGUACCUCCUAAACAUGGUGUUGAAAUCCGGUUUCCACUUCAACCGCCCGACCUACUCCGCCGCCGUGUUCGGCCAGGCCCACGAGCCCAACGUCUACCUCUACAACACCAUGAUCCGCGGGCUCGCCUCGAGAGACAGUUUCGACCAGGCCAUCGAAUUCUUCUUCUCCAUGCGCCGAGCCGGGUUCCUGCCCAACAACAACACUUUCCCUUUCGUCCUCAAGUCGUGCGCCUGGACCAUGGACGGCGAGUUGGGCACCAGUGUCCACUCUCUCGCAGUCAAAGCAGGUUACAACGACGAUGUUUUCUUGAAGACCGGUUUGGUUGGUUUUUACUCCAAAUUGGACAAUUUGGAAGACGCCCGCAAGGUGUUCGACGAUAUUACCGAGAAGAACGUCGUCUCGUGGUCCGCAAUGAUGGGCGGGUACAUCAGAGCCCGGAAAUAUCGUGAGGCGGUGAAUCUUUUUACAGAGUCUCUGCAAACGGGCUCGAAGCCCGACAGCUACACGCUUGUCCGUGCUUUGUCAGCUUGUGCCCAGCAAGGAGAUCUGAAUUCCGGGCGUUGGAUUCACAAUUGCGUGGCAGAGAUGGGAAUGGGAAGUAACGUGUUUGUGAAUACAGCCUUGGUGGACAUGUAUUCCAAGUGCGGGGACAUGGUGAGGGCCCGCACGCUUUUCGACGAAAUGCCCGAACGAGAUAUGGUCACGUGGGGUGCUGUGAUCCAGGGCUACGCGGCAAACGGGCUCCCGAACGAGGCCCUAGAAAUAUUCCGCCGCAUGCUGGCCCACGGUUUGCGACCCGAUUGUUACGUCAUAGUCGGGGUUCUCUCGGCCUGCGCUCGUCUAGGCGCAUUGAAUCUCGGUGAGCGGGCCCGCGCCAUGAUGGAAGAAAAAGAGUUCAUUAAAAACCCAGUUGUCGGCACAGCUCUCGUCGACAUGUACGCAAAGUGCGGCAAAAUAAAAUCCGCGUGGGAAGUCUUCACCGCCAUGCACGCAAGGGACCUCGUUCUCUUCAAUGCAGUCAUAUCUGGGCUAGCCAUGACGGGCCAAUCACGGGCCGCGCUCGCCUGUUUCGGGCUUCUGCAGAAAUGCGGGCUGAGGCCCGACGAGAACACGUUCCUCGGUCUCCUCUGCGCGUGCGCCCACGCGGGCCUAGUAACCGAUGGCCGCCGCCUCUUUAAAUCCAUGACCCGACUCUACUCGGUGGACCCCACGAUCGAGCAUUAUGGAACCAUGGUAGACCUCCUUGCGCGGGCAGGGCUUUUGGACGAGGCCCACCAGGCCGUACUGAGCAUGCCUAUGCGGGCCAACGCAGUCGUCUGGGGAGCCCUCCUCGGCGGGUGCCGACUCCACCGGGACACGCGGCUAGCCGAGCACGUGCUCGAGCGGCUAGUCGAGCUCGAGCCGUGGAACUCGGGGAAUUACGUAAUUCUGUCAAAUCUCUACUCGGCGAAUAAGAAAUGGGGGGAGUCGGAGAAAAUGCGGUCAGUUAUGAGGGAGAAGGGUAUUCAGAAAGUGAGCGCGUAUAGUUGGAUUGAGAUAAAUGGGUUCGUGCACGAGUUUUUGGUGGGGGAUACUUCGCAUCCCGAAUCGGGGAGAAUAUACGAGAAAUUGGGGGAGCUUGGGAAAGAGGUGAGGGAAGCUGGGUAUAUGCCGACUACUGAGUAUGUGUUGUUUGACAUUGAUGAGGAGGAGAAGGAGCAUUUUCUCGGGUGUCAUAGUGAGAAGCUGGCGCUUGCGUUCGGGCUGAUUAGCACGGGAGAUGGGACGGUGAUUCGUAUUGUGAAGAAUCUGAGGGUGUGUGGGGACUGUCAUGAGAUGAUCAAGGUGGUGUCGAGGAUUACGGGUCGGGAGAUUGUGGUUCGGGAUACGAACCGUUUUCAUCAUUUUAUGGGUGGGUCGUGUUCGUGUGGGGAUUAUUGGUGA